AUGUCGUCUAUCUCAAUUCACGUCUCCUUUGUCUUAUGGUAUUGUAAUCUCUCAUAUUCUCAACCAUUAGCAACCUCUGAAGAUUCCCACGGGCAGUAUGAUACUGAGCCAGAUGAUACGUCCAGCGGCGAAAAUACCUGGGGUGAUUACGACAUAGCAAUCACACACGCUCGUAACGCAGAGCUGAAGGAGCGACCUGAGGUAGAGAAGUUUUUCAAAGAUAUUCGCGAACACAAAUCACUGGCGGAACAUAAGACACGAAGCUGGCUGGGAGAUCUCCCCUUCUACCUUCGUGAAGAUGCUAUUCCUUUGUUCGUGGAUGGGGACGAGUCUGGGGACAUGUCUGAGGACUACCAACUACAUCCUCAUCAUACCCUUUUAAGGCUUGGCAAGGCUGCCAAGUGGCCUCACGAUACACUUUGUCAGCUCUCUAUUGAUGACAACUUGUUACAAGAUCCAGACCUUGUCAUCGGUAUUGGGCGUCUGUUCGUUAAUGUCAGUAAUGGAAAAGCUGGACGCAUCUCCAAAUGGACCGGCUACGAAGUUUUGUUGGACAAGAAACUGGCGCUCUGGAUGGUGUUCGACAUAUAUUCUCUUGACCCUGGAGCGAGUGACUGGUACCCGCAAUCAUGCAGACUUUCACAUUCGAUCCUCCAUGAUUCAGGUGACGAACAAGGCGUUGUCAGCGUUACGUCGAAAGCGCGAUGUUUCGACAUUGCCCGCUUCCUACCAUUCCUCCACGAUCUUGCGGAUGCCGAAUUCAAAUCGGCCUACGAGGAGGUACAAGGGACAUUUCGGACAUUUCGGUCUGGGGAAGUGAAGGUCAACCAUCUAGAGAAAAAGGAGCUGGAAGAAGGGAUCCUCAACGCAGUCUCUUACCGAAGGAGAACGCCGCACAAACUAAUCGAUCUUCUUGAUUUCAACAUUGACAAGUUCGACCUAAUUAGAAAAUUUGUUACAGAGAAAGUUGUCGAGACAGCAGCAAGUAAUAAAGGCUAUAGAAAGGACAUUAUGGGUAUAUUUCUCGACCAAUUCAAAGACGAGGUCCGCAAGAGCAUAUCUGAUGGGGUGGUGGCGGCCGCAGCGACGAAUGAAGUUUACGGACAGCAGAUUAUGACAAUGCUCCUCGACCAACUGAAAGAUGAAGUCUGCAAGAGCAUCUCUAAGAAAGUAAUUAAGGCCACAGCAGGGAAUCUUCGAUAUGGGAAGCAGCUCACGGAACAGCUUCUCAAAACAAGAGAAGACCUAGUCUGCGAGAACAUCUCUAAAGCAGCGAUAUACGCCGCAGCACGGAAUACAGAGAGUGGAGCAUCCGUUUUGAAAUUGUUACUGGACGCGAAUAAAGAGACGAUGCAGAACCUUAUUUGCAAAGUCUUCGAAGACGCCAAAGGUGGCCAUAAAUGGAUUGCUGAUAUCGCCCAGCAACUCGAACAGAGAUUAACAGAGAUAUCAUACACGAUCGGAUACCCAGCAUUUUCGGGUGGUGGACCGGUGAUGCAGCGUGCUCCUCGAGGGCAACCACGAUAUCAGGCUGAGGUUUAG